AUGCAGCGAGACGAGCAGCCCAAUCCCUCUGGGGCAGGCGCAGAGGUCGGGGCGUGGACGCUGGACGACCGGGCAGCGCGAAAGACGACAGCAGCCAAGGAUUUCGCUGCGCCGCAAGCCGCAGCGCCUUCCCCCGCGCCUGACUCUGCGGAGACGGGGGCAGGGGGGCUCCUGGGCGCCGCAGAGAAAGAGAACGCUGGCGAAUCGAGCGGCCUCAGAGGGCGAGAAGCGACGAGCCGUUCUGAGUGCCGCGGUCUCGGCAACGUCGACCAAGAGAGAGCGCAAAAACCAGAAGGCAAGAGCCCUCCGCUGGUGGCGGUCACACGUCCUGUUGCGCUGGAAGAGACACCGGCGCAUGCCUCCGGAGCCGCUAAAUCUGCGGCGGUGCCGGGGAGAGUCUCCGGAGACAGUCUGGCGAAGCCCACCGCAGGCUUGCAAGACUCCAGCGGACGCAUGGAACUUCCAGGUGCGUCAGAGGGGGGCGAGGCCUCUCAGCCUGAAGCCUCCAUUCCUCCGGCGCCGGAGAGAGCUUCCCAGCCCUGGAGAUCUGGAGCGUCACCUUCAGGAAGAUCUGGAGCGUCACCUUCAGGAGGCUCCUCUGCUUCCGACACAGGACCGGGUCACCUCGCGGAGAGGCUGGCGUCGGCUGCAGGCGCGAGGACCCCCAGUCGAGCAGGAGGCUCUGUCUCUUCCUCGGCACAUCCGUCUUCUCUCUCUUCUCUUCCUUCGUUUGUUUUUUCUCUGCAUUCGCACCUGCCGCCCGCCCACUUGCUUCAGCCGACGCGGUGCCACUCUGCUCUUCUUCCUCUCAGUCUGCUAAACUCCAUCUCGGUCCAGUCUUCUCUCCGUCCUCCCUCGUACACAGCUCCGGAGCGCAGAUCUACAGUCCCCCCCACUGUGCCGACUGUGUCGUCUCCCCUCUCCGCCUCAGCGUCGACUUCUUCUUCGCUGCUGCCGUCGGGUCCGCCUUCUGUGGCGCCUCCGUUGAACUGCGCCUCUGCCGCGUUUCCUCUUUUGUAUCCUCACUUGUCCGCCGCUCGGCGUCUUCCUGCGUCUCAGCAUCUUUUGCACACCCGCUCUGCCGCAUCCGACUUCUCCGCCGCCUCCAAGCAUCUCCCUUCUGUCUCCGCGGACCCUGCGAAGGCCCAACGUGCCUCGUCUCUCGACCGUCCGAUUUCCGAAGCCAAGCCUGCAUCGACGCCUGCAUCCAAGCCUGCAUCGACGCCUUCCUCUCCUCGCGCUUCUCUCUCCUCGGCUGCGGCAUGGUACGCGACGCGGUAUGGGCCAGGGGGGGGUGUGUGUGGAAACGUCUGCGCGUACGAGAGAGACUACGCAGCGGUGUUGACGGCGCUGAGAAGUCUCGAAACUCACUACGCAGAGAAGAGGAAGCGAGUUCGCGACAGCGUUCUCCAGGACAAGAAGGAGGUCGUGAAGGAUACGACGCACAUGGUGCAGCCGUUCUCCGUUGUCAAGACAGUCAAGGUCGUCCGGAGACGCUUGCGCCGUUUUCCAGCCGCGUCGCGUAUUGCGCUACACCCCCUGCAGGACGGAGAGAAGGGCAGCAAGGUCUCUGCUGCGGGAGGAGAACAGGGAGCAGGAGUUUCUCAACACACGGUCGAAGACGAGUGGGGGAAACAAGUUACCGCGGCGAACGGAACUCUGCAGAAGUUGCGUUCGGGCCGCGCUGCUGAACAAGAGCUCUCAGAGGAAGGGAACGGCGAAGGAAAGGAAGCGAACAGAGAGAGAGACUCGAGAGACGAUGGGUCAGCUCGAGAAGCGAGUAAAGGCCCCAGGGGACUGAAAGAAGACGGAGAGAAGCCACAGUUUUUUCCGCGAGAAGGACGUCGCGUGGACAACACUGGCGGAGAGGAGUCUGGUGUUGGAGAGACCGUCUCCCUUUUGAGAGGCGAAGGCGAACAAGACGCAGGAGAAAGUGUGAAGAGACAGUUGAACAGCGGAGAAGAUGGGCCAGCGACGAAGCGGAGGCGAGAGACAGGAGAAGGAACCGAGAGCGAGGAGAGAAUCAUAGUCGACGAAGAAGUCUCAAUUGUAAAGCUGCACAGCAUCAAGGAGGUCGUUGCCCAUCUCCUCCCGUAUCACACGUACUUCAUCCCAGAUAUACAAGCUCUCGCCUCGCCUUUUGAGGAAGCGCGAGAGGAAGUGGAACGUCGCCGCGCCCGACUCGCGGAGCUCCGCGGGAGCGUUCGAGACUUCGCGUCCUGGGUGCGGAACCCUGUAGCCGCCGUGCCUUUGGAGAAGUCGACAGAAAAGGGAGAGGAUGUUCACACCUCGAAAGACUCGCGGUGUUUCCACGGAGGCAGAGAAACCGAGCUGAUGGCUUAUCUGUCCCUUCGCUCCGCAGUGGACGCAGUGUCUCUUUCGAUUCGGGCAACGAAAGUGGCGAUCCAGAACGCCGGUUCGGCGCCGGCGGCGCGCCCCGCUCCUCUGGCCCAGCCGCCGGCUUCGACCGCGAGCGGACCUUCGCCGGGCGGGCCCAACGCGGUCGCCGCGACCACGUUGGGCCCGCCCGUCAGGGCCCCCUCGGGCCCGUUGGGCGCGCCUUCGUCUCCGCGUUCGUGUCUGACUUCUGGGGACGACUUGUCUGAAGACAGGUCCGAUCUGGAAGCGCGGACGCGCGGCCGCUCCUCGACUGUCUCUUCGUCUCUGGGCCCAACUAGCCGCACCUCGUCUGUGGCGCGCUCGGCGCUGGGCCUCUCUUUUCAGGCGCAGGAGCGCGGCAGGCGCGGCGAGGCGCCAGCCGGCCCAUACGCCUUCCCCGCGGCCUUCGCCGGCCCUGCGCCGGCCGCGCCCAGAGACAGACCCGCGGGCGGGCGCGUGCGGCUAGCUGUUUCCGCAACGGCAGCGGCGGCGCUGGAGAGACAGUCGGGUGCGUACGGCUCGGCGGCCGAGGCCACCGUCGACUGGGCGCGCGAAGGGAAGAAGGAGAAGGCGCGGAAGGAGCGUCGAGGCCAGUCCGACGCCGGCUCGCGAGGCGGUCGCAGAGAGGAGGAAACAGCGAGAGGAGGCUAUGGCGACGCCUACGGGCGACACGGGCCCCCUCACGCGCCAGCGUUUGGAGGACCUGCGCCACACUUCCCCGCGAGCGAGGGAGAGAUGCGACAAGCGUCCUUCCCGCCAUCCCAGCUGCAUGCGCAGACGCAUGCGACUCUCGGGUGCCCGGACUCGCUCUACCAGCGAGAAGACAGAGAAGCGGGCACCGGCCGCAUCAGACUCAACAUUGGAAACGCGGACCUGCUUUCGCGACGGGGGUAGCGCAUCGGACCAGGGAGCCGCGCUGGUAAGAAGCGGCCUGGAGCCGCGAAGGGAAGAGCAGAAGGGCAAGGGUGUUGAAAAGAGACGACACUGCAAGAGCUGGAGCGGAAGAAGUGAAGACGAGGAACUGGCGAGAAACAGACACUGAGACAGGGGACGAGACAGUGGAGGCAGGAAGAAGAAGCGAGAGUCAACAGAGAGGACGCAAGAGAAGAUGAUUGGGGCCAGACAAGCGAAGAGGACGCGGAACACGACGGUUCCAAGGACAAGAGGAAACGGAGAAACCUCGAAGGCCCAG